CACCGGCAGAUUAUACUCCUUCUUCGGUCUCCGAACCAUCUCCCCAAUAACUAAUCAUCUUGCCCAAUCCUCUUUCACUAUCUGUCUUUCAUCCUUCCUCCAUCAACACCCCGCCUCUCCUUUCUACAGGUCCAAGAUGCCCCCCAAGAAGGCCAAGCAAGGCUCCGCUGCCGGGAAAUCCACGAAACGCAAUACACCAGCCAAGCCCUCCAAGAAGCGGUAUCUCACACCCGACGAUAUCCCCGAAUAUGAUCGCAAUAUCACGACUCAAGCCGCCCGCAACCGUAAGCGAUUCAAACUGUCCCGCGCCUCAAUCUACCAGGACGUCGAUAAUAUCGAGUCGAUCACGAACCUGGCCCAAAAGCUACAAGGUGAAAGUGUAUAUAGCUGGGGAAUCCCGAAGUCCGAACCCAUCCAAGCCUCCCGAAAGAGGAAGACGAGGUCUCGCAUCACAAAGAAGACUCCUGAGGAGGAGAGAUACCUCCAAAUAAUGGAGGAUAUGCGACCAAAGCGUGGACCUCCGAAUUGUCCUAACCGCUGCCCGAUCCUCCGAAUCCCCUUGGAAAUUCGAGAGAAAAUCUACAGUUACUUACUCGUCUACGAAAGACGUAUAAUCGUCAAAGAAGAUUGGAUAACAGUUGAACGCAACCCCUUUCAAUCACACGCAAUUAUCCAAACCUGUAAGCAAUUUGCCGAAGAGGCUUCUCCAUUUGUCUAUAAAUCCAACGCCUUUAAGGCAGUCCUACGCAACCCAACUACCAUAUUCCGACGCUGCGAAGACCCUGUCGAGCUCCACCCCAAGUAUCACUCCCUCUUCCGAAACAUCACCAUCGAUUGCUCAGUCCAUUGUUGGAAUCUUGAGUGGUAUGAGAAGGUGACUGCUGGUUUGCAAAAGCUGGCCGCAGCCAAGUUUAUACAAUCGUUAACAUUAGUUCUGGUUCCGCGGCGAGUUGGAAUAACUACUACGGCUCUCGGUAUGGAACUCAAUCCUGUCGCUUAUGCCGAUUUCCUCUGGUACGAUGGCGCUCUCAUGACUGCGAUACGACACCUCGGUCCCAAGAAGCUGCAAGUGGUUGUGAAGAAGAGCGGUAAGAGGCUUUUAAUGUCAAUUGAUAUGACGUAUUAUCAAGCCGGCUUGGAGGAGACGCCGCUGGCGAAUACUGAGACAAUUCGGCUGGCACAAGCAAAGGCAACAAUAGUUGAUGAGGAGCUAUUGGGAUUGAAGAAUAGAUUUGAGGAGAUCUUUGAAGAUCACGAAGGGGCCCUCCAGGACGGAAGGUGUCUUUUACUUGAGGAUGGAGAGGGGACAGCUAGUGUAUUUGGUAGAAGUGGCUCGUCCACUUCAGGGCGGGGAGAGGGGCAUCGUGCUCACCGCGAAUCUAGGACACUUUCUAGCGACAGGGAGAGCACGGCGGAACCCAACCGGAUCUUUUGAUCUCCUCCUGGCCUGGAACUGGGCAUCGAGAGUUCGAGGAGAAGCAAAAGGGGCCGAGGUCUAACUAAUCUCAUUACACUACCAGGGGAAUUCAGCAGAAUUAUGAUCUGAGAUUCAUUAUAUCGAAUGGGAAUGGGGUUGCGCUGGUGUAUUCGGAGAGAGGUCGGAGACUUAGCCCUGGGUUCUAGCGACUCUUACCACCUCGGCGAUGAACUGCAAGCUCCUCAGGAUCAAGGUGGUGGCUGAUUUCCCUCACACAUUCUUCGUUUUCUUCAAAUCUGACAUAUUUGCGAUGUUUUGAAGAUUUCUCUAAUUCAAUUUCUCUAAUUCCCAGCACUUAAU